UGUUGUUGUGUCUCGCCCCGUUUUGGAGGAUUUUUUUCUUUUUCUUCUCGAGCCAAAAUAUGGCGUCGGAUGGCAAUGAGUACUUUUCGGUCGGAAGUCUAGUUUCGUGCAAAACAUGCCAUAAUCAAGUGAUUGAGGGCGAAGUCCUCGCCUUCGAUCAACCCACCAAAAUGCUGAUUCUCAAAUCACCCUCAUCGUGUGGACGAGCCUCUGUCAAUGAUGCACAUGUUGUAAAUCUUGGACAAGUGAGUGAUGUCCAAGUGAAGAGAGAGGCAACUUCAUCUCCACCUCCCCAUCCAGUUCAAAAUGUUGAGAGGCUAAAGAAAAGGGUGCGUCAGGAAGUAGAAAGGAAACAACACAUGAUAACUGCCCUUGAGUCUGGUGUUUCACCUGAAGGGCUUAAGCUAUUUAAUGCUGUCAAAAGAACGAUUGAUGAUGUAACAUGGGAAGGAAAAGACAUUCGAGUCAUGGAACAAGUAACAAUAAGCCCCCCUUAUCUACCAGAAAAUGUCCAGGGCAAUAUGGAAAAGGCUGUUAACCAUGUUAGAAAAAUUGUUGAAAAGUACAUGAAAGAUCAUUCAGAUUCAAAAGGCUCCAGCACCGAAAACAGUUCCACAGUAACUUCUCCGUGAACUGAAGCGAAAAGUGGCCCACUCUUUCACGACGACCAGUACCAUUUUCUCCAUCCUGCUUCACCACCUUCUCAACCUCUAGAUAAUAAAAUAAAAAUACAACAACUCCAAAAAGCAAAGAGAAAGCUGGUUCUUUACAGCUGUACAAUACGUCCCGAUGAAAAGAUGAUUUGACGGAUGCUUUCGGAACGUGUAGUGGCGUAUGAAAUGGCGAGAUGAUAUACAAUGAUAACUUCUUGUUUAUUUUUCUUUCGUCGAGUUUUACAUGUUUUCAAUUAAACCAUAAAAUAGCUUAUU